AUCCAUGAAUCCAAAGACGGGGAAGGUACUACGUGCCUUGAAAAUCAACAAGCAAUCUCAAACGAUAAAGAAAUCAUCAGUGAGCAGGGUACAGCAUAAGGAACCAGUGAUCAUAUACACGCAAUCACCGAGGAUCAUUCAGACGCACCCGCGUCACUUCAGGGAGCUCGUGCAGAAGCUCACGGGAAUUUGUCGCUCCGAUCUCGACGACGAUACUGCCAUUGGCGACGCCGACGCCUUUAAACCGGCUACUCCACCGUUAAAGAGAGAGUUAAAGGGAGAGCCGGAAGAGAACGAGGCGACUGCGUCGGUGAGCACGGACGAAGAAGACGGCUGCAACAUGGGCGGCGAGGUGAAAUCCAAUUACAACAAUUUUUCGAUGUUGGAAUCUGAUUUCUUGAAUGACAGUUCACAUACGCCAUUGUUGCACUUCGCCGAUUUGUAUGGAUCCUUAUGAACAAGAUGACAAAGAAAUAUGUUUCUCGAGAAUAAAUAUCUUUCUUGGGACUGAAGGAGAUUUUAUUUCCAUUGCAUUUGAUUUUUAAUCCUUUUUUUUUCUCCAUUUUAAUUUUAAAUAUUUGGUUCU